AUGGCGGACGAUAUGGAGUUUUCAGGAAACCUUUCCUACAAAGAGAUUCACGAGCGAUUCGUGAGUGAUCUAAACGGCACAUCAUUGAUGGAAGUCAGCUUGGUUGCUAGCACCGCGCCAGUAGCGGUUAUUUUAAGGACAUUCAUGUUCAGUCUGCUGUUUUUGAACGAGAAAGCCAAGCUGUCAAGAUGGUUAUUUUGCUUGUAAGUCUCUUCAGGUUAAUUUUCGGUUAUGCACCCAUCACUGGUUAUUCCUUGGGGGUGGGGGGAGGGGGGAGAGCAAGGAAGGGGGACUUUGUAAAGGACGGUAUGAAAGUGCCUGAUUUUCCCCUUCUAGAUGGGGACACAGAGCAAUCCAAGUUAAGAAAUUCCCCCUCCAAGAGGGCUAUCAUAUAAACUUUUAGUAAAAUCCAACUAGUGGUCUAUUAUCAAUGCUGCCUUCUGAUUGGUUGAGCUACUACUAGGCUAUAAGUUAUAGCCCACUAGUAGCGAAAGCGCCGGGUUUUUGGCGGCAAAAAAAGGAUUAAAGUCUAGCUUUAACCAGCUAAAGUUGUUUUGUCUCCAUAUUUUUGACCAGCUAGUUGGAUUUUACUAAAACAAUUAUUCCUCUCACCCACAUGGCCUCUGAGUCAAUAACCCAUUCGGCCUAUGGCCUCAUGGGCUAUUGACUCAGAGCCCAAUUGGGCUCGAGGAAUAAUUGUUAAAUAUUGAACAACAUGAAACCAUAAUAAACUUGAGAUGCCAUUAUAUUGACCCAGUUCAGCUGAUUAGAAAAUAGUACUUUUCCCUCAAAUUGAUGUACAUAACAAAACCUGAGAUUACUCAGUUCCCCAAGUCUGCCUUUAUUUCCACCACUGGAGAGAGAUCAGCCUGCAAUCUUCUGGACAAGUGGCUGACAUGUAUAUAGCCUUAAUUUAAGAGCAUGUGAAAUCGACUUAAUUUCUUUGUAAAAAGCCCCCAGUUUUGCCCAUGGUACAAGGUUGUUGUAAGCCAGACUUCUUUUCUCCCAUCUCCAAGGUACAGCAAUCUUUCAAACUCCCCUAGAAGUCCCCAGACAAAGUUGUAUUUGCCCAAGGUUCCCCCUAGGGGAUGGCCAACAAUAGGUGUAUUUUUGAGCAGUUAACAAGUUGCCAAGGUCUUUUUUAAAAGGACACGUCUUUUAUUUUGCAGCUUGGUUUUUGUGUUGGAUUUUGCCACUUUAAUUGUUCCUGCUCUUCUUGGUUGCACUGUGCUCGCUGAUUACAUCAUCCUGUUAAUUGCCACUUGUUUAUCUCUAUCGCUAGGAGUAUUAGUUCUCUGCUCUGCGAGAAGUUACAGAGAGCAAACACAUCUAAACUCUCAAACUAUUCUUUCUUCUGAUAUGUCUGGGAAAAGACCUUUUAUUGGCAACUUCAGGGCAUAUGUCGUGAUUGCCACUGCCAUAGCUAUACUGGCAGUCGAUUUUGCCAUCUUUCCCCGGCGUCUUGCAAAAGCUGAAACUUUUGGAAGUGGACUCAUGGAUGUUGGAGUUGGAUCAUUCAUAAUUUCAAAUGCUAUUGUAUCACCAGAGGCAAGAGGUGUUUCCACAGGCAAUACGGGCUUUAUUUCACCAGUUAUAAGGUCUUUAAAGUCAUCUUUACCUCUGCUAGUGCUUGGAAUUAUGCGGUUCAUUUCAGUGAAAGGUUCAGAUUAUCAGGAACAUGUCAGUGAAUAUGGCACUCACUGGAACUUCUUCUUUACCUUGGUUAUUGUGAGGGUGAGUAGAUGGUCUUAAACAUGAUGAAAAGGGAAUAUUUUUUGUUUAUGUUGAAAGUGCACUUAGCUGUCUAGUCUAGCUUAUUUACAGGCAUUCUACCAAAAUAUCUUAUUACUCAGAAAAAUUACAGAACAUAAUAUAAAGGUUGGAACACACCAGGUGACAAGUUGCAGUGACAUGUAGCAGCGACAAGGCACUCCUUGUGUGCAGGUCGGGCAACUAGUUGCAGCAACAUGUUGCGGUGACAGGUCGCAGUGACAAAUCACUUCAUGUGCACAGGAGCAUUUUCAUGAACAUCUUUGUCUCUGGAACAAGUCGCAAAAAAUCAAAUCAGACUAAAUUUGUGUGACUUGUUGCAGCGACAAAAUUUUGUUGCGGAGACAAAGAUUUUUGCAAAAAUCUUCCAGUAUUUUUCUUGUGUACUAGAGGUGGUUUGUCUCUGCGACAUGUGUCCGGGACUUGUUGGUACAACUUUUUACCUAGUGUGUAUCAACCUUAACACAAUUAAAAAACACAACUGACUGGAGGCAACCAGCUGGUUAUUUACAUGCACAACUGAGGAUUUGAACUCAAGACGACCGAGAAACAAAUCCAGCGAGUGAUAAACCCAUGUCAUCAAUCAAUAAGGUCAAUAAACAGUUGUCUCGCAUUAUUGCUGACACCCAGUAGUGAGAGUCCAUAAUAGUGGGGUAUGAGAGAAAAAGUUGUUUUGUCUUUAAGCUUAUGAAAUAAUUUGUAAAAGUCACAGAAGAAAUGAUCCGGUCACAAGAAGGACAUUCUCAUGUUUGCCCUCCGAUAGAAGAAUGGUUUCUUUAUUUUGCUUCAUCGUAAUGCUGCUUUAUAUUUUGUGAGUCAGGGUUUUUGAUGAAGUACUCAUAGGUGUCCACUAUAGUGAGAGAAAAAACAAGUGAAAUGUUGCACUCGGGGGUAGGAAGUUGUCUGCAUUUCCAUAAAAGCGAAGGUCUAUAAUAACGAGAGUUUUCUUUCAAUCUGUUUCGCCAGGGGGCUUGCUCUUGUCCACAAUAGUAAGGUGAUGGUGUCAAUUCAAUCACUUGAGAACUGGCUUACACCUCUUCAUUGCCAUCACUUGCCACUUAAUCAUUGUUACUUUCUUGUUCUGUUUCCUUUAUAUCUCAUUUUCUGGGGUUUUCACUUUCUCUCCCUUACCCAUUACCUCUACAUCAGUCACUGGCAGUAAUUUUCAAGUCUAUUUUUAAUUUUAAUUUUUCCCUCUGUAUCAGUAAACUACUUACCACCCAUUAAAAUUUUCUAACAUUAUUGUAUUUUUCUUGUAUUAACUUGCAGGUUCUAUCAACAAUGCUCCUCAGACUUUUACCAGGUCGUAAUUGGUACGGAUUAACUGGAGUUGCACUUGCUUGUCUAUAUCAGUAUCUUCUUAGUUGUGCUGGAUUGAGAGCCUUUGUUUUGCAUGGUAGAUAUGGGGAUAACUCGCGCCAUGGGUUUUUGGAUGCCAAUCGCGAAGGUCUUUGUUCUUGUGCUGGGUAUUUGGCCUUGUAUUUUAUCGGUGUUCAAUUAGGAAAAUUUCUCUUUCAGGAAAGGUGAGUGACAAUCCCUCCUGGCGGGGGUAGGGAGGGGCACUGCUUUAUUAUAUAGGCUAUGUAGGUAUUACCAACGUUAGGAGUAGGGUUUUCGAGCAGUUUAAUCUUUUAAGCCCCAGCUAUCCAGGAGGCAGGGUGGCCAAGUGGUCAGGGCAUCAGACACGCAAUCUGGCAGUCCCAGGUUUGAGUCCCACUUUGGCCACUCGCUGGAUUUGUUCUCGGUUGUCCUGCCAGUUGGAGUUCUUAAUUCUAUAGUUUUAUUUGAAUUAUUUGUUUCUAAGUAUUUGAGAGCAGUGCCUGUAAACUAGCUGGAUAAGCUAAGUGUACUUUCCACUACAAGCAAACUUUUUUUAUUUAUCCAGCAGAUACAAAUUCUCCACACAUAUCUUCUUAUAUUUCCUUAAAGAGUUGAGGGAAUUUGAUAAAAGAUCAGUGUACUUCCUCGUUUUGAUCACUGUAUUACUUCCCAUAAUCUUUUUUCCUGCGGGGUCUCUUGGGAAGGGAAGACCCUGUGCGCGCCUCAACCUAAUCCCCAAUCUUCUCUCACCCCAAAAAACACUUAAAUAGCGACUGGGUACGAGUCUGCAGAUGAAGAUGGUUUAGUUUAGGCCAAGGGUUCUAAAGGGUUCCAGGGUAUCAGUAGUAGCAGACUAGGGUAUCAGAAGCAUCUCCCCGGCAAUAAAUUCCCUUUUGACCUACAAGACUGCUCGUGUAUUUAACUUAGUAUAAGAAGUAGUGAUGUUUGGCUGAAAUAAAUAUGUAAUAAUAAUUAAUAACUAAAUAAACAAUUAGUAAUAAGUAGGCUUUCUUUUUUCAUUUCGUCGUAGGAGUACUGUUGGACAGUGGAUUAAAGCGUUUUUUGUCCUUGUCACAGCAGAUGUUGUCUUUUAUCUCUUGCUUGAAGCAUCUCAACUGUACGUUAGUCCAAUUUCUAGAAGAAUGGCGAAUUUAUCCUUUGUACUCUGGCAGGUAAAAAAUUAUUUCACGUCGGACGUUCACAUCAUUUAUAUCAUUUUCCUUUACGGGUGUUGUAUUGUUGGUAACCGGUCAAGUCGCCCGAAAGUCAUCUCGCCCGAAGUUCCCAUGAUAUCGCCCGAAACCACAGUCAUGUCGCCCGAAAUUUUAGUCAACUGAGUCGCCCGAAAUUUUAAUAAAGAGUGACUAUGUAAUAUAUCUCGUUCUUUAAGCGAUAAUGAGACAAAACAAGCUGGACAAUUGUGUAAUUAAGCCUCGUUCUUUAAGCAAUGAUGCUAUGUUGAGACGAAACAAGCGAGAUGAAUUUGUAACAUAUAUCUCGUUCUUUUAGUCUUGAUGAAAUGAAACAAGCACGUCAAAUGAGUAAUGUAUCUUGUUCUUAAAGAUCUGAUGAAACUAAACAAGUGCGAUUACAAUGUUAGGAUGUUACUGAGAAUGAUAAAAUCUCGGCGACUUGACUAAAAAUUUCGAGCGACAUAACUCUGGUUUCGGGCGAGAUGACUAAGAGGACAAGAGAAUAUAUACUGAGCGAUAAGUUUGACGACACAAACUGUUGCAUCAAGGUUUUUUUGUUUCCGAGGUUUAACUUAAACAGAGGAGCUGUAUUACGAAAUUUAUCAAAAUUUUCACACUGGGAUAACCUGCCACCAAAUUGAGUGAAACAAACAAAAACUGCUUAAAGCAUGAGAAGAUGGUAUGAAAAACAGACCAGAUACUCGAAGAUACAAAAGGAGGCACAGAUGGACACAGUGGACAGACAUGAAGAAGAUUGAAACAGAUUGCAUUGCGUUUUUGAAAACUUAAUAGUCGAACAGUUUUUCAAAGUUCAUUUUUGUUGUUUAUAACGGCAUUUGUUAUAAUGCUAAGGAUACGUCUUUGUUUGACAUGAAUCCCUAAUUUUGUCAUUCAUAAGUAAUUUUUCAAGUCUAUAGCGGAUAUGAACGCUGAAUUGGCCUUUUUAACAAAAUGAACUAGAGUAAAAGGCAGCUGUGACACAGCGCCCCUUCUUCUUCAAAACUACUCUUAACGUAUCGUUUUUCUCUUGUUUCAGGUAGCCUACAACAUCCAGAUCCUCUCAAGCUUUUUGUUCUGCGAAAUUUUAAUAACCGUUGCAAAACUCAAGGAUGUGCUCCAUGGUGCAGUGUCUGGAGGCUGUGAAGCUUGCUAUCCAACGAGAAAACAGAAUAACAACCCUUGUGCAUGCCUAGUAGCUGCUAUAAAUCGCAACCAAUUACUGUACUUCUUACUCGCUAAUCUGUUAACUGGAGCCGUGAACUUUUCCGUACAAACUGUGUUCUGCUCCGCAGUGAAAGGAUUUUUGAUAGUUUGUACAUAUUUAUUGGUCCUGCAUUCCUUAGUUUUUAUUUUACAUUUACGCGAGAGAAGUUUUAAGUUUAGGUAAGCUGCCAGUUUUAGGUAUUUAGGUGAUCCUGGGCCUUGUUAUAACGAUGAAUAAACAUUACUUGUAGUAUUGUACUGAAUAGUCUGCUUGUUCUUCCGCUCGAUUUGGUGAAAGCUCAAUACGAGAAUUUCACUAAGUACCGUAUUUAUUCGAAUAAGCCCCCAACCUCGAAUUAGCGCCCACCUCGAAUAAGCGCCCAUCCUAAAGGCAGAAAAAGUUAAUAAGCGCCCAGCCUCGAAUAAGCGCCCACCCCACCCCACUCCCUCCCACAAAAACUCCAAUGAGAGAUAAUAAGAGACCCUCCCGAAGACGGAGUUUUCUUCAGGGUAUUGUACAGAAACCUUGCUUUGUUACACCUUCGCUUUUUGUUAUUAGCAUUUACUGUUUUGUUGAAAAUAUACUACUACGGUUGGUGAGAAUGGUGAAAAUUUAACAAGUGCCCAGCCUCGAAUAAGCGCCCACUCUCAAGGUCCAAAAAUUUUAUAAGCGCCCAGGGCGGUUAAUCGAAUAAAUACGGUAACAACUUUUUCAUCCGCCACUAUGUUUAUGAUUUGCAGGGUGGGGAUUGAAAACUGUGAUCGUCUAGACUCAUGACUUCUCGGGUAAGUUUCAUAACUGAAAAAAGGAACUGUGUCGAUGUGGCCUGAAUGAUCUCGCCUACUUGAAAGGUGUUCCAAGGGGGUGGGGCAGCGGCGGGUAAAAGAGGGCGUUGGUCUUCUCAGCCUCCUCCGCAGGCAUCACUGUCCUGUUUUAGAGAACUGGAAAAGACAAACUCCCGACGAUUGGAGUGAUCGUUACAAAAGGAGUAGCCCACGGAGGAGGCUGUAAUCCAGUCCCUAAGAUUGGGGGGUGGGGGGACAAAACCUAUGCCUAGAAAAUACUAAAUUUUCUUUCCUGACUUAAAAGAAACGACUUGGCGCGGAAAGAAAUGGUGUCGUUUUAGUCGGGCAUAAUUAGGUGAAUACCUCUGGUCAUGGGCUCCUGGCGUUCGCAUAGUAGAAAGCGGGAGAAAAAUUGACGCCGGAGAAAAAACCGAGGGGCUUUUCCCCUCGUUUUCCCCUUGUAGGGGUUUCAACUCGCUCACCGCUUUCUUCUAUCUGAAUGCCUGGAACGGGCUAGCCUCCCCCGCAGAUGUUCUUUUGGCUCGUCACGCAAUCCUCCCCUACAUGCAGUAGACUUUCGUAGGGCAGGAAAGCGUGAUGAGCCGGAACAGGCUAGCAUUUUUUUAGACGUUUGAUUUCCUUGUGUGACACUAGAGGGCAAGAUUUUUUUCUACCAGCCUCACAGAAAGUUAUGAGGAAGAGUUAAAAGAUCAAAACACGAACUUUUCAGAACAGCAUUUCAUCAAUAAACAGGUGGAGCUAGACGGUGCAAGAGUAAGAACCUGGGAGACCUGUGCUCAUUCCCCGGGCAACUCACUCGAUCUUGAAAGCAUUCACUCAUUCAGGACAUUCAGUCAUUCGCGCGAUCGAACAUGGUGGCAGUGUAUUCGACUUUCGUUCAGUCCUUUCUUUUACUUCUCGUUACACUGAUCCUGGUUGUUUUUCCUGCAGAUGGAUUGCUUGGAAGAGGUAACUUAGAUACAUCGUAUAUAGAUGAAGAAAGGACUUUGUAUAUUGUGUCAGUGUUUGAGAGAGACACAGCGCGACACUUAGUUUAUGAAUCACUGAAGUGAAAGUGUUGCUCAGCACAUACAUGUAAGCUUAACAGUGUACUUUAUAAGCUACUGCGGAUGGAAUCUGAGGAACUUAGAAAUUAUCUUAGCCUAAAAGUUUUCUUAGUGUCCAAUAUAUGAUGCAAAUUAUGAUGAACAUCGGGCAUCUCUUUUUACAUCUGUUGAUCCCUCGGAUGCUUGUGUUGUUUUUAUAACAAACCUGACAUAAAAGCUUUAAAUCGAGUUGGAUUGCAUCAUUUGAAUUUUUGUUCAUUAUUUUCAUGUUUUCAAGUUAGACUAUAAAUAUGGUUUAUUUAAACAUGGACCUUAAAACAGCUGUUUUUUUAAAAAAAUUCUUAUUUAGUCACAAUGCACAGUAAUCUGACUUUUUCGUGUCUGCUUUUCUUGUAGACCAGCAUCACAGUUUAAUUUUUUUACAGCACAUUGGUUUUAGGUCUACAAAAGUUGGAAUGGGGAUUCUCCAAGGGACAGACAAUUAUAAGGAAGAAGCAAGCGAAAUGUUAACACGUACACACACAAAUUACGCAGCUCAAAAAUUUCCCCCUUGUGCCAUUAACUUUCGUAAUGGUCCACAUCUAAGUACAUAUAUGCAUAAAAUUAUUUAAUACUGCAGGUGGCUAAUAAAACUGAGGCAAUAAAAUUUAAAUGUCCAUAUAAGGUAAGAACCCUACCCCUGGUUAGAGAUAAUCCCCCCUUAAUUUAUUCUAAUCAUUUUUAAGGAUUUGGAGAUCAUAUAGACUGGAAGACCUAUACAGAUGGACUUAAAGAGGCGCAAUCAAGGUACAUGAUACUAAUCUGCGUAGCAGUUUUAAAAAUACAAAAAAAUGGUUUGAGUAUCAAUGUAUUUAGCACUAAAAUACUAAUUGAGGACACUAUUUUUACGUCUCCUACUGGAGACGGGAUUGCCAUUUUAUGUGGUCAUCCGAGCCACGCGAAGGUCCAUCUGUUUGCAGGGCAAAGGGAGUAGCUUCAUUUCGAUUCUCAGUUAUUUAAAGACCUUGAGUAUUAGUCAGGUCCCGGGAGUCGAACCCACUACCUCAUGCUCUGCAUUCAAGCGCUCUACCAACUGAGCUAGUUAUUAAUUUGUACAUCUGUAUUGAUUCUGGUUAAUUAAUUUUUCAGUCAUAAACCUGUAAUGCUGAUCAUUCACAAGUCGUGGUGUGGAGCGUGCAAAGGUAGGUCACUGCAGAACAAACAUUUUUGAUAAAUUUUCAUGAGCUACAGAAUAUAUAGGGCAAAAUUUAUGCAAAACAAUUGAGAUGUGUCUUUCACAAGACACGUCCGAAAAUAUUAAUAAGGUUGCAUCUUAUUUAGGAUGCGUCUCAUUCAAGACAAGUCUUAGUUUUCAUUGUAUACAUGGCCGUAAUGUUUCUUUCAAGAUUGUCUUAUUUCUGGUUUUACGGCAAUUUCUGUCAGUAUAUCAUUUCAAUGAGAUUCUGCUGGCUACUUUUUUCUUAUUAACAAAAUGUCCAGUGUUUAUUUCCCUGGAUGAGAAGUAUUAGUUGCAUGUACAUGCAGUUAAAAACCCUUUUGCGCUUUCUUUUUCAGCUCUGAAACCAAACUUUGCUGAGUCAAAAGAAAUUGGAGAACUAAGCAAGAAUUUUGUGAUGAUCAAUGUUGAGGUAUAUAAUUUUAAUUCCUAUAGAUUACUACAUACUUACCACCAAAAUACCUUUAAGUAUUCAAAACGUUUUGCCAGACAGGGUUGGAAUGUAUGAUGACGGAGCUAUGCGCUGCCUAGGUUGUAAGUUUUUUUGUUUGAAUCUUGAAGAGCAUAUCCGUGUUCAAGACCUUUUGUUUUAUGGGGUAUUUUCUUGGAGGACAAAAGAACCACACAAUGUCAACAGUGGUAUAAAAAUUCCAAAACUGAGUCUCAAACAUUUGCCAAGCUAAAAGAACAAGCUUCGGACUCAUUUGAAUGGGACACCAUUCUAAAAUUUGGGCUAAAACAGUUUUAGAAGAAAGGGACAUAGCCAUAUUAUUUGUAUUUUUCUGUCAAGUACGGCAUUAUUUUCACUGCUAAGUGACCUUUGAAAUGAAAAUACAGAAUAACUUGAAAGUACAUUUCUGUCAAUCAAAUGGUCCAAACAAUACCAGAAAAAAACAAUUAUAAUUAGUCAAAGCAUUGAAAGAAAAGAAGUACAAAUCUGAGAGAUGGCCAUUAUGGGGAGUUUUUAUUAAAAAAUAGGCAAAGCUUUAAGCUCAAGAUCACAAAAUGAAGUUAGAAUAAUAUAAUUAGUAAAAACCUGUUUUUCUGGUUUGGUACUUUGCAGGAUGAUGAGGAGCCACAGGAUACCCAGUAUAAAAUUGAUGGAUCUUACAUCCCAAGGAUAUUUAUUUUAGGUAAACAAAAAAUUGGCUGGUGUCACCCAGGGUUUUUGGGUCUGAAGAAAACAAGGGUCUAUACAUUAUCUUUCAGCUUAGUUUACCAAUUUUUGGAUAUAUCAUAUACUAUGCUUUUGUUUUUGGAUAUGUUGAAAAAAGUUUUGGUAGAUUAGGAGGUGCACUGGCCAGUUUAAAGGAAGUUUAUUGGUACAUAAUUAAUAGCCAUCUUCCUCACCUAACCUUUCUUGUUUUUUCUUUUUUUCGGUGGGAGGAGGACACGGGCUGGCAUGGAGUGCCAGACAUGCGUGGCAGAAGAGAGGCGAAAAAAUAACUCAUAAUAGUAAUAAUUACUUUUUUAACCUCUUUGUAAUCACACAUGUUUGGUGCUGCCUACCCAUGUCAGCCUUGCACCUGCCCUCUCUUGCCUGAAAAAUGCGAAAAAAGGGCCUGUUCAGCAGGCUAUUUUUUGCUAAACCUGGGAAAAGAGCCUGUUUGACUCUGAGAGCAUGGGAGAGAACCAACAACAACCUGAACUCACCAUGGCAGGGUUGUCACUAAGAUUUCAAGUUGCCGGGUAAAUACAACAAGUAGGCGGGGAAUCAAACGGCUAGGGAUUUCUUUUGGUUCUAUUUUUAUUCUAUUUUCCAAUAAAGUAGCCGGGGACCACUCUCUUAGUAGCCGGGGAAAAUUCCCGGCCCCCGGCUCUUAAUGACAACCCUGCCAUGGUGUUGUCUCUGGAAUCCAAACCUAGGCCACUGGGUGGGAGGCAAUAACUGCAAGUAUUAGUCUCACCACUGUACCACCCCAACCCUCAAGUGUAAGCUGGUGUUUCGAAAAAAAUACGAAAAAACUGUUGUUUAAUGUUGGAGUUCAAACUUCGUUUUUCAGACUCAUCGGGCAGGGUCCAAAAGGAUAUUUAUAACAAGGAAGGAAAUCCUUCGUACAAAUAUUACUAUGGAAAUGCACCUGCAGGUGAGUAAGGCCAGGUUUUCAUAUGAUCUGCAAUGGUCUGGAACACGAUCAGCAACUGAUCUGGGUCUUGUUAAUGCUGCAUGCAAGUGGAAACACGUGACCUCUGUAUCUGAGGUGGUCUACUGCACACAGUCCUCUGACACAUGCCCAGUCAUCUCUUAUUAUUUUUAAGAGGUUACGGAACGGCUGCAGGGGACUAUUACGGCAUCUUGUGCGAAGAGGACAAUGGGAUUCCCUUAACCACUCUUCUAAAAAAUUAAUAGGAGACUGAGAGAGGACUGGGGAUGAGUUAGCACGGUCCUUCAGAUCGGAUGAGUGAAAUUUGCUUCUACUAUUGUGACACUCAAUCAAGCUAAUUUCUAAUGGGAGCAUUUGCCCGGGAUGAUAUGACGGAUAUUGUCGACACUAUUGUCCCUUUCAAACAGGUGUAAUUUAUUUUCCAAUCAAACUGGGGGAAAAUGCUUGGCGCCGUUUUUGCCCCCAUAAAUCCAAGUUAGACAAACAUGACACAUCUUCGAUCGCUAAAAUGAAUGGGAACAUUUGUGUGCGCUGACAGCUUCCGAUCCCAACACACCGUUACAGAGUAUAUAUGCAAAGCACCUAUAAGUGGAUCAAAAAGUGUUAUACACUCGUAACUGUUGUUUUUUGACGCUGUCUUUGCUGUGGUCCUUGUCUGUCACCUCAUUAUUGCAGGUAUAAUGGUCUAACACUUAUUAUUUUUUUUAUAUCAGUUGUAGAUAGCAUGAAAGCAGCCCUUGAGGUGAUGAUCCAAGGUGUUCGUAUUGGAGACGAACUUUGAUGUUUUCUGAAUUCGUAACAAAUAUGUAGCCUUCGUGACAUAAUUUUGAACAUUUUCUUUACUCAAAACAUCUUUUAUUCACUUCAGUAAUUCCUGUUAUAAAUUUCAGUUUAUUUAUCUUGUUUUGCUGUACAAUCUAAUUAACACCCUUAGUCCUCGCUGUUCAACACGGUAAAAACGGAGUUAAUAUGCGCUAAACGUA